AUGACGAAAAAGAUGAUGAGCGUUGGAGCUGUCGACUAUUUGACGGUGCCCCACUCUUUCUUUUGCUUUGCGGAUAUCAACAAAACACCAAGUGGUCGAGCGGAAACUCGACUAUCACAUCUUCCUUGGUCUAGUGGUCAUGAUUUCCGCUUGUCAUUAACACCGAUAAGCGCGGGAGACCGGGGUUCGAUUCCCCGAGGGAGAGUUUUCAUGGGCUUGUGGUUUAGUGCAUGGGAGUGGUCCGGGGUUCGAUUCCCCGCGAGUCCAUCCUUUUUCCGAUAUGGUGUAGUGGCUAACAUCGUCGUCUCUCACACGACAGCCGGGGGUUCGAUUCCCCCUAUCGGAGUAUCUUUUUUUGUUGUCUUUAAAGGCUAG